GGCGGCUGCUAACCUUUCACAAGCUGCAAGCGUCUGAGAGUGUUAGAACGUUGCCCAACAUGGGGUCACUCAUCGCAGAUGACGCUUUCCAGCACAUUCUGCGUGUGCUCAACACCAACGUCGAUGGCAAGCAGAAGAUCAUGUUCGCCCUGACGGCUAUCAGGGGUAUUGGAAGACGGUUCUCCAAUAUCGCCUGCAAGAAGGCUGAGGUGGACAUGCGCAAGAGGGCAGGUGAACUCUCUGCGGCAGAGCUCGAGCAGCUGAUGGUGAUUGUGGCCAACCCACGCACCUUCAAGAUCCCAGACUGGUUCCUUAACAGGCAGAAGGACCACAAGGACGGCAAGAACUCCCAGCUGACCUCCUCUGCCCUCGACACAAAGCUGCGUGAGGACCUGGAGCGCCUCAAGAAGAUCAGGAACCACCGUGGUCUGAGGCAUUACUGGGGCCUGCGCGUGAAGGGCCAGCACACAAAGACCACCGGUCGCCGCGGUCGCACUGUGGGUGUUGCCAAGAAGCGCUGAGCGCUCACAAAAUACUUGCUGGGUGUUGACUUGGCUAGUAUCCUAGUGUCCAGAUCCUGGUCUGUUAGUGAUGCAGGCCUCAGGAUAUCAUUCUUGAUGGAACAACUCUUCAAAACUCUAGGUUAUCGAAGCACAUCGACCAACGUGUAACAGAAUUUGCCAGAUAGGCAAACUUUGCAUGUGCUGCAGCUGAGAGAAUGCUGUACAUGUAACAGCAGUCUGUGUUAGUGACCUGUCAUGGC